GAAAAUGGCAGGGGUUUGUAGUCUGUUCUUCUAGUUACUGUUUGGAAAUACAAUAAUAAUAUCCUGGAAGUGGAAGCGAAAGAGUAGUCCGACACUGAAUACCUGUCCAGCAGCAGUGUUCAAACACACAGUCCCAGCUCAUUGAGUCGUAUCUUGUCGAGAACAACAAUGUUUUUUUAUUAUCAUGAAAACAAAUGAACAUCACUUUUCUGUUUGAAACCUUGUUUUGACUUUGCAAGCACUGCACCUAGUACCUGACAACAGCAGUAGAAGUAUCCUUGUGAGCCAGUUAGUGAUUUCUGAGGUGGUAGGAGUAUGGAGCAGGCCGUAGCCCAAGCAGAACAACACCCUAUUACUGUGUCUGUGGUAAUGCCCAUGUACAACGCUGCAGUAUGGCUAGCGGAAGCAUUGGACUCGGUACUCGGCCAGUCCUUGCGUCAUGGAGUGGAGCUGAGUAUAUUUAAUGACUCCAGUGUGGAUGACAGCAUGGGCAUAAUCGAAUCUUACCGCGAGAAGUUCCUUCAUCGUGGUAUUCGGCUAACAGUGACCGACGGCGGUUGUGUUAGUGGUGGUGAUGGCUGCUGCCGUGGUCCACGUGGAGUCGGCUUUGCCAAGAAUCGAGCUAUCGAAGCUAGCUGUGGGGAGUACCUUUGCUUUCUGGAUAGCGAUGAUGUCAUGAGUGAGAGAAGACUUGAAGUGCAGCUAGCCAUGGCGAAGGAGCAUCGCAACGAUAUCAUCGGCAGUUGCUUUCACCGCUUGCCUGCAAUGUCCACACAUCGCUACACACAAUGGGCGUGCAGUCUGUCACAUGAUCAGCUUCAACACCAGGUCUAUACAUCGAAUGGUCCAACUGUUGUCAUGCCAACCUGGUUUUGCCAUCGGUCCGUGUUUGAACGAGCAGGGCCUUUUGAUGAGUCGGGCAAGGGUACGCCAGAGGACCUUCUAUUUUUCUUCUCACACUUACGCCAUGGCGGUGGUGUUGGUAGAUGCGAUGAAGAUCUGCUCAUGUACCGCUAUCACGAGAAUGCUGCCACAUUCAGUAUCAACAGGGAGACGAUAUUUGCCAUCAGCCUUGCUGAGCUAGAGCAGCGGGUCUUGGCAACAUGGCCAUCAUUUUCCAUUUGGAACGCCGGCAAACUGGGACGCAAGUUUUACCGCGCACUCUGCAAGCAGUCAAGAGAUAAGGUGGUUUGUUUUGGCGAUGUUGACAAGAAGAAGUUAGACCUCGGCUCAUACACAUGUGUUGAAGUAAAUGAGCGUCCGUAUCCGUGUGUUCCGAUUCGUCACUUCCGUCAGCUGCGCGCGCCUUUCGUUAUCUGCAUGAAGCAAGACUUGACUGGCGGUGCGUUUGAGGAGAAUCUGGCUUCGCUGCACCUCACUGAGGGAGUGGACUAUGUCUUCUUUGGCUGACCGAUGUCCAGAUGUACCGGCCUUCUCAUCACCGCUGUCUGCUUUCACAGGUGCAGCCAUCCAAGUAGUACUUAUGAUCACCCAGUCUUGCUCAGUAACAGCUAUGCAGUACUUCUGCUCAUCACCAAUUCUUACACAGAUACCCCUGUGCAGUACUUCUCAUGCACAGUUGCAAGGUGGAGCUACUUACUCAGGUACCUGUAGCAGGAUGGAGCUACCUACCUGCAAUGGCUACCUACAGUGGCUACCCGCAGUGGCUAGCUAGCUGCAGUGGAUAUACUGCUGAACAGUACUUGCCAUGUCACUGCUUACACAGUUGCAAGGUGGAGCUUCCUACCUACAGUGGCUUGCUGCGGCGGCUAGCUGGUGGAUAUACUGCUGAAAAGUACUUGCUAUGUCACUGCUAGUGCAGUUGCAAGAGUCGAAGACGGAGCUACUUAUUUGCAGUAACUGUUGCAGGAUGGGGUUCCUACCUACAGUGGCUAGCUACAGUGUAUAAGUAUACACUGCAGGUAGAUGGAGAUGACAUAAUGGAGCAGGAUAUGACAUAAUGGAGCAGGAGAUGACAUAAUGGAGCAGGAGAUGACAUAAUGGAGCAGGAGAUGACGUGAUGGAGCAGGGGCUUGCAUGCGAAGCAGUGGAUGGCACUCCUUUCAGUCAGUAACUUGCACAUCUAUCCAGUGCUGCAUACUCCGCUGUGUUAUUGGCGGAACCUCUCCCCUCCACUGAACUGCUGAUCUCCGUCAGUAAGUGAAGUCCAGUGCCACGGCAUCCUGAACCAGUAUCGCUUAGCAAGCAAAUGUUCAAAUCCGCAUGAAUACUGCUCAAGCACCUCACGAAUACUGCUGAAGUCCUCCACGCUACAGACUGGAGUGCAAGCAAUGCGGAGACUUGCUAUACAUGAAGUGAUAGCAUGGUGAGCUGGCCUAUCGCCAUGCAUCUUCUAUCGAUAUCAACACACAGAAUAGCCACUCACAGCACAGCGGCCAAGAGGAGAGCUAAAAAUAACAUUCUGUUGCUUCACCAUUCCAGUUCGGUGCUGUGACGUUGGCCGUGUAAUUCUUGGCGGAGUGAGUGAGACUGGAUCGACACUCAAUUCGUUGCCAGUUCUGCCGUUUUGCUAUCACGUUCUGUUGCGACGCGACUUGGAAAAGCCAUGCAUUUCUGUCUGGUUAUCAAGCGGACGCCUGAAAGACGACACGUCUGAAAGACCGGAAAUGGAGGGACCACCGUCGCUGGAAGCGUAGAUCGUGCAAUUUCUCGUAAGGAGAUCCGUUUGAACAGUUUGAACCGUCUCCGCUCUGCUGAGCGCAAUGUGAGCAUGCAGAGACUAGUGUACUGGGUUAAGAUUGCCUGUUCACGGCCAUUCCGUUUCUUGUCAGCACCGUCCAUUCAGAUGACAUACUGUGAUGCCCUUUUAGUAUAGUAUAGUAUUUAUUCAUAUUUCUCUAGGACAGUCCCCACAGACCUAUGGUCUCCUUACGGGGUACGCGUAUAAAGCAUUGCCCAUAUAGAAGUGUGACUCGAAGAGAAGCUGAAUUUUCGAAGCGUGCAGUGACACAGAAGCACCAUCAGUGCUGGAAUGCAUCAUGACAUGCAAGGUGCAAAGCGAUCGCUACGUAGAAGCAUGUUUUGACUAGCUGUAGAAGCGUAACUAUGAAUAGAAGCGGCAUGGUUUGAAUCCCGGCUUAUACGGCCGUAAGCACCUGCUUUUAUACACGACUUUACGGUAGUCUCCCCAGCUUUUGAAAACCCGAUUUUGUCGGAAUUCAGGCACAAAACCUAGAUGAAUUUCAAAGAUUCCGAGCUGUUUGGCGGCUGUAGAUCAUACUCAUGGAACUCGUUGACACCACCGGCGAUAAACCUGUUUAUCCUAUUUUAAAGUUCUUAGAGACGUGGUGCAUGUACCGUACUUCCCCAAUAAACGUACACGUCUCCAAUACUAGUACGUCUCCCAUAGUGGUACAUGUUGCGUGUGGAUUGAAACUAUAAAUGA